GCCGCGUUCCUUCGCUGGAGCCUCGCCCCCGGCCCUGCCCGCGGCGGGACCUGCGGGACCUCCGGGCCACCCUCCCCCUCCGCCCGCUCUCUGUUUCCCUUUCCUUUCCUGCAGCCGGGCCCAGGCCCGUCCGCGCGGCCGGCGGGCCCAUUGUGUCCCGCGCCGGCCCGGGCACCCUUGCGGGAGUUGGAGGGCGGCCGCCGGCGCUGCCCUUUAAGCACUCGGCGCCUCGGGGAGCCGGUCUCGCAGGAAGGGGACACCCGGUGCCCUGGGUCCCUCCGCGUCCCAGACAGGUUCCCUUCUCUGCCCCAACGACCCUCUUGGGGGUCGAGGUCAAGGGAAGUUCGCACCGAAAUUCCCUCUAAUUUAUUCAAAGGUUUGGCGGCGGCGCGUAAUUUUUUUUUUUUCCUCUUCCGCCUACACCCGCCUGCGUCUCCAAGUGUCGUCUCAUUCCUUUCCCUUGACCGGAUUCGAUUGCCUCACUGCAUGUGUAUUUGUGCUGACUUUGGGUUACGUUUUGCAACACUAGGAAUGGUAGUUUCUACUUUUCAGGACCUCAAAACUAAGCAGCUAAGGAGAAUUCUACAUAAAUAAAGGGAACUGUCUUCUGUUGGCGUUUCGCAAUUUGGAGACUCCUUCGUUUCACCACACACAAGGAGUGUGUACCUAGUGCCAUCACUAUGAAUGUGACCAGUUUGUUUUCCUUCACAAGUCCAGCGGUGAAGAGACUUCUUGGGUGGAAACAGGGCGAUGAAGAAGAAAAAUGGGCAGAGAAAGCUGUUGAUGCUUUGGUGAAAAAACUGAAGAAAAAGAAAGGGGCCAUGGAGGAACUGGAGAAAGCCCUGAGCUGCCCGGGGCAGCCCAGUAACUGUGUCACCAUUCCCCGCUCUCUGGAUGGCAGGCUGCAAGUUUCCCACCGGAAGGGACUGCCUCAUGUCAUUUACUGCCGCGUGUGGCGCUGGCCCGACCUGCAGAGCCACCAUGAACUAAAACCACUGGAAUGCUGCGAGUUUCCUUUUGGUUCCAAGCAAAAGGAGGUGUGCAUCAAUCCCUACCACUAUAAGCGAGUAGAAAGCCCUGUUCUUCCUCCAGUGCUGGUUCCAAGACACAGCGAAUAUAAUCCGCAGCACAGCCUCUUAGCUCAGUUCCGUAACUUAGGACAAAAUGAGCCUCACAUGCCACUUAAUGCCACGUUCCCGGAUUCCUUCCAGCAACCCAACAGCCAUCCGUUUCCCCAUUCUCCCAACAGCAGCUACCCAAACUCGCCUGGAAGCAGCAGUAGCACCUACCCUCACUCUCCCACCAGCUCGGACCCAGGAAGCCCUUUUCAGAUGCCAGCGGAUACACCCCCACCUGCUUACCUGCCUCCCGAAGACCCCAUGACCCAGGAUGGCUCUCAGCCAAUGGACACAAAUAUGAUGGCGCCUUCACUGCCCUCAGAAAUCAGCAGAGGAGAUGUUCAGGCUGUUGCUUAUGAGGAACCAAAACACUGGUGCUCUAUUGUCUACUACGAGCUCAAUAACCGCGUGGGUGAAGCGUUCCAUGCCUCCUCCACAAGUGUGUUGGUGGAUGGCUUCACUGAUCCUUCCAACAAUAAGAACCGUUUCUGUCUUGGGCUGCUAUCCAACGUUAAUCGGAAUUCCACUAUUGAAAACACUAGGCGGCACAUCGGAAAAGGCGUCCAUCUUUAUUAUGUUGGAGGGGAGGUAUAUGCCGAGUGCCUCAGUGACAGUAGCAUCUUUGUGCAAAGUCGGAACUGCAACUACCAUCACGGAUUUCAUCCUACUACUGUUUGCAAGAUCCCGAGUGGGUGUAGUUUGAAAAUUUUUAAUAACCAAGAAUUUGCUCAGUUACUGGCACAGUCUGUGAACCAUGGCUUUGAGACCGUCUACGAGCUCACAAAAAUGUGUACUAUACGCAUGAGCUUUGUGAAGGGUUGGGGAGCCGAAUACCACCGCCAAGAUGUUACUAGCACCCCCUGCUGGAUUGAGAUCCAUCUGCACGGCCCCCUCCAGUGGCUGGAUAAAGUUCUUACUCAGAUGGGAUCGCCUCAUAAUCCUAUUUCAUCUGUGUCUUAAAUGGCCUAGGGCUUCUGCCUCUUGCAAACUAUUGAGCCUUGCAUGUACUUGAAGGAUGGAUGAGUCAGACACGAUUGAGAACUGACAAAGGAGCCUUGAUAAUACUUGACCUCUGUGACCAACUGUUGGAUUCAGAAAUUUAAA